AGGCGUCGUUUCAAUUGUGAAGCGUCAGUCAUUGUGCAAAGUUUGCGCAGCGGUAAAUUCAGAGAAUCUGAAACAAAAAAACUUCAUUCGUCUCUUAUAUUUCCUUAAAAGAAGCCAAAACCAAUCCAAAUAGCAAAAUGUGUGACGAAGAGGUUGCCGCUUUGGUUGUCGAUAACGGUUCCGGCAUGUGCAAAGCCGGCUUUGCCGGUGAUGACGCACCACGCGCCGUUUUUCCAUCAAUUGUCGGCCGUCCGCGCCAUCAGGGCGUGAUGGUCGGCAUGGGUCAGAAGGACUCGUAUGUGGGUGAUGAGGCGCAGUCCAAGCGUGGCAUCUUGACUCUUAAAUACCCCAUUGAGCACGGCAUCGUGACCAAUUGGGAUGACAUGGAGAAGAUCUGGCAUCACACAUUCUACAAUGAGCUGCGCGUGGCUCCCGAGGAGCAUCCCGUGCUGCUGACCGAGGCUCCACUAAAUCCCAAGGCCAAUCGCGAGAAGAUGACUCAGAUUAUGUUCGAGACCUUCAAUACUCCAGCCAUGUAUGUGGCCAUUCAGGCUGUGUUGUCCUUGUACGCCUCCGGUCGUACCACUGGCAUCGUUUUGGAUUCUGGCGACGGUGUCACCCACACCGUGCCCAUCUAUGAGGGCUAUGCCCUGCCACACGCCAUUUUGCGUCUGGAUUUGGCCGGUCGCGAUUUGACCGACUAUCUGAUGAAGAUCCUAACCGAGCGUGGCUACUCGUUCACCACCACCGCUGAGCGUGAAAUUGUGCGCGACAUCAAGGAGAAGCUGUGCUAUGUCGCUCUAGACUUUGAGCAGGAGAUGGCCACCGCCGCCUCUAGCUCAUCGUUGGAGAAAUCCUAUGAGCUGCCUGACGGACAGGUCAUCACCAUUGGCAACGAGCGUUUCCGUUGUCCCGAGUCACUUUUCCAGCCCUCGUUCCUGGGCAUGGAGGCAUGCGGUAUUCACGAGACUACCUACAAUUCGAUCAUGAAGUGUGAUGUUGAUAUCCGCAAGGAUCUGUAUGCCAACACUGUCUUGUCCGGUGGCACCACCAUGUAUCCAGGCAUUGCCGAUCGCAUGCAGAAGGAGAUUACGGCUCUGGCUCCGUCCACCAUGAAGAUUAAGAUUGUGGCGCCACCAGAGCGUAAAUAUUCCGUCUGGAUCGGUGGCUCUAUUUUGGCCUCCCUAUCUACAUUCCAGCAGAUGUGGAUUUCCAAGCAGGAGUACGACGAGUCCGGCCCAUCCAUUGUUCACCGCAAAUGCUUCUAAGCAGCAUAAAGAACAACAACAACAGCAACAUCAAAAACAAACACACUGUGGCUGACGUUGGGCGUGGUCCUGUCUGUGUACGCUGCGCCUCAUACACACACAAAAAACAUUGCAUUUGAUUUCCUCUUUCAUAUAAGGGAUAGGUUAGAGAACAAAGGAGAGAAUUGCCGGGCGGCAGACAGACGCACACAGACAGGACAUAUGCACCAGCACCAGAAACAGGAACAGCAAAAACAAAGAGAAACUACAUUUUUUUAUAACAAUUUUAUACGAACUCAUACCAUAUAACCGCACACAUACACACGUCCACCCACACCCACACACAUACACACAUAGUCACACACACAUAUUACACAUAAGAAAUUAGCAUAUUUUUGUGUUCUAUCGAAAUUCACGAGUUCAUACGCACAUUGGUAUUAUUAUAAAAAUAUAUAUAUGCAUAUAUGUAUGUAUUAUUCAUAUUCGGCAUUAAACAUUAAACAUUCUCAAGCAUCCCUACAUAUAUUAUUAUGUAUUACACAUACUCAAAAAUACCCAAAAAAAAAAUAAAUAAAUAAAAAUAAAAACAAACAAAAAGAAAAUUAAACUAAAAAGCAUUUGUAACCGCUGCGAAAAUAAGAAACAUCAAUAAAAAGCGUUGAAGAACUGAA